GAGCUCAGGAGCGUACGGUGCUGAAACCGAGGCUGUAACGUCAUGCUCGACUCUAAACCUCACCCACCCUCCCAGAGGCGAGCAGCUCUUUCACAGGCACAGGCGCAGACGGACUGACUGGCUGGAGCUGUGGCGGAUUGCUGUAGUUAACGGACACACUGCACAAUGCGUGAAUACAAGUUAGUAGUCCUCGGAUCAGGAGGUGUCGGCAAGUCUGCGCUGACUGUUCAGUUUGUCCAAGGGAUCUUUGUGGAAAAGUAUGACCCCACAAUAGAAGACUCAUACAGAAAGCAAGUGGAGGUGGACGGACAGCAGUGUAUGUUGGAAAUUCUGGAUACUGCCGGAACGGAACAAUUCACAGCCAUGAGAGACCUGUACAUGAAGAACGGCCAGGGCUUUGCACUAGUAUACUCCAUAACGGCACAGUCCACCUUCAACGACCUGCAGGACUUGAGAGAACAGAUCCUGCGGGUCAAAGACACGGAUGACGUGCCAAUGAUCCUGGUGGGUAAUAAGUGUGAUCUGGAAGACGAGAGGGUGGUGGGAAAGGAGCAGGGCCAGAAUCUGGCCCGUCAGUGGAACAGCUGUGCUUUCCUGGAGUCCUCUGCGAAAUCCAAGAUUAACGUCAAUGAGAUCUUCUAUGACCUGGUCCGGCAAAUCAACAGGAAAACUCCCGUACCUGGAAAGGCACGCAAAAAGUCCACCUGCCAGCUCCUCUAAUAUACAGCUGUUCUUUUGCUCUGAGCCAGGUCUGAUUUACUGCUGUGUCUUUCAGCAGUGCCAGCAUUCCGACGUUACUAAAACCUAACAUCGAAUGGACUUUCCUAUGUGGUGAUGCCCCUUUAACAAACCAACCAACAACCAACCAACCAACGGAUUCAAGGCUACAGUACCAUGACAGUUUUUUGCACAUAGAUAACCAUCAUCACUUUCCAAUGUCGCGAGAAAGAGAUUUUUACAUAUAAAUAUAUAUAAAUAUAUAUUAUGUAUUAAGUAUGCAACUGAAUAAAACGAUUAAAUACAGAGCUAGACAAAAAGAAUUUUAAAAAAAAUCCAGAGCCUACACGCAGUGUUAUUGCUAACGGAGACGGCCACUGUUGUAAAUGUAAGGAGGGAAUGUCUAACCAGGCUGUGCACGUUGCCAUGGCAAUUACAAUGAUAUUUAUAAUCACCACUAUUUUAGCCAGAGAGGAGAGGAAGUCCAAAGAGCUCCUAUAUAAACCAUUACAGCUAACGUUCACUUCUUUUGUAUUUUUUUUUUUUUUUUUUUGAUGAACAUUUUGUAACUUUUGUUUUGCUUUUAUUCUAAACAUGAUUUCUUUAUCUUCUGCCUUUUUUUUUUUUUUUUUUUUUUUCUCUCUCUUUUAUAAAAUUACUAGAUUUUUUUGCUCUAUGGAAAUGCAUAUUCACAACUGUUUGAUGAGUUUUAGGAAGAAACCUGUGGAUACAUGUACGUGUAAAAAGUUAAAAAAAAUAUAAUUUUUUUUCCUGUCACUAUCAUUGUCCUUAGCCUCAGAUGUUGCCUUCGAAUACGUGUUAAGACCUUUUUUUUGUCUCUCUCUCUCUUUUUUUUUUUUUUCUUCUGAAGAUUAAUUUACAUGAUCUUAGGUCCAUCUCAUACUCCACGCCGGGUUUCUUUGUUUUGUUCACAAAGAACUUUGUACAGCAGGCUUUUUUCAAAAAGGGGGUAUUAAAAAAUGGGUUGGACGGUUCAGUUUUAGUAUCCCUCUGAAGCUCAUCUUUCGGGUGGUCUCGUAAUAAACGGUCCAAUCGGUCUUGACCAAGCUGAUCCUGAUCAAAUGUAGGUCAUAAACGCAGUAUAUAUUUUAAAGAAUUGGGGUUUUUAAUACGCAGGAAAAACCAAACGUACAACAAACCGUUGCCCAUCUCCCCUUGCUUGCUGAUUCAUCUGGUGUAAACUGAGGAUAUGAAAAACCAAAUAUCGGAUCCUGUCAGUAAAGAACGAGGAAAAGAUGUCUGUUAGUGACUGUUUUCGACUUUGUAAUAAUUUUCCCUGUUUUCUGUCUGUUGGAUUAACUGAAUGUGGGGGCUUUGUGUUAAGCGAGGGUGAAAAAAAAAACAAAAAAAACAAAAAACGGGAAGAAUCGAUUUUGCAAAAUUUUAAAAGAAUUAAUCGUGCAUCGAGUGCAAACGCAAAGAGCGUUCGUAAAAAAGAGCCGAAUGCGCAGUUGUAGCGUUCGAUACCGGUCUUGUCGGACAUCGAAACGCCUCUUUGCGGGGUGCAGCAUGCCGUAUGUACGCGUGAUGAAUUGUUUAUGAAUGCUUUGAGGAUUUGCACUGUGUAAAGUGAAGAACGCGACUCCCAGGGAGCGUCCGAGCAGCGGCCGACCACAAAGAGUCGCGUUAUCCUUCUGCAAGCAAAUGCCUUGAUGCUUUUUAGGAUUGGAGGGGGAAGGGGGAACUAAAGAAAAUAGAAACUUGACGUGAGGACCAGGACUGAGACGGAGGCACAGUAUUUUAAAACGCAACAUCGUCCGCUUCUGAUGGGUCGGAGGUGGGUGGGGGGGUGGUGGCCAUGUGUCAACUUAAAAGCCUUAAUUAAAAGUGGUGCAAUUUUGUAUAACCGAGCAUCUGUAGUUUAAUAAAUUGGAUUGCCAUGCAAGGGCUCCCAAGAAGCCAGUUUUGCCACUUGAAUGUUUUGUGUAUUGUUUCAGCGUUUUCUGUCAGUCAAAUAAAAAAAAACCCAACGAAA